UGAUUCCACACUAGAAAGGAAAAGCGAUACAGGCUUUAGAAGAAAGACCAGCCAUAGACUGUGGAGGAAUCCUUUCACAAAAGAAAAGGAAAUAAAAGCUAGCGGGCAUGGGAGCAAGGAAAUAAAAAAAGAUAAGGAAAUAAAAGCUAGGCAUGAGACAAAUAAAUACAAAAGAUAAGGAAAUAAAAGCUAGGGGGCAUGGGAGCAAGGAAAUAAAUACACAAAGAUAAGGGAAUAAAGCUACGGGGCAUGGGGCGAAACAACUACACAAAAGAUAAGGAAAAACAAACCAGUGAACUUCUUGGCGAGGAAUAUUCUACUUUACAAGACAAGAAGGGAAAAGCUAGCGCGCAUGUCAUGGCUGAAACAAGUUCAGGAAAAGAAAACAAUAUCGAGAACGAAAAUACCGAACAACAAGAUAAUAUUUCCAAACAUCGUAAGGAGAAAGAAAAACCUGUCGAUUUCGAUCAAAUUGAAUUAUUAAAUGAGAAUGAAAAAGAAACGAAACCUGCGGUUGGAAAAGGAAAAAGGCAUAAUCAUGACAAAAAGAUGAAAGAAAAGACCGUCAAUGAUGAAAACAAAGAUAAUGGAUCGAAAAGUAAAAAGAAAAGCAUUCGUCGAACAAUAUCAAAAAAACUCUUCAGAAAACGAAAGUAAUUUCUAUGUUCAUCGAAGUCAAUAUCAGUCUUGUAUUGAUGGACAGCGUACGUAUCGUAAUGCAAAUAAUGGGACAUCCUGGUUUGUUUAAAGUUUAGAUUCAUUGCCAACGAGAUGCCUUUCAACUAAAGAAUUGUGCAAAUCAAAGAAGCCUCGAAAAUUAUGAGUUAUGUCUUCUGGAAAUAGCGUUGUUAACUUUAUUUUCUAUAUGGAAGAACUACAUCUUACAUAACAAAACAUUAUUAGUAGUUGGAUUUAUUGUUGGAGAUCAAUUAUAUAGUUAUUUUAGUUAUGAA